AUGUGUUCAGAACCAGCCAGUGAAGUUGAAGCUGACGGCAUUGAAUACCGUUUUGAGACAUUAGACUCAGAGGGAGACGUCAUUCUCUCCGUCCAUGACCCACCAUGCGACGCAAAAAUAGAGCUAUUGGCCUGCUCCAGAAUACUCACCCUAGCCUCACCGGUCUUCUCAGUCAUGUUUAGUUCGAACUUCCAGGAGGGGAUUCGGGUGAGGCGAGGAGACCGCCCAGUAGUUAAUUUGGAAGAACGCGACGUUCAAGCGAUGGAAUUACUCCUACGCAUCCUCCACCAUCAGGCGGGGGAGAUCGCAAUGUCAAUCGAACCAAAAGUGAUUGCGGCAAUGGCAAUCCAAAGCGAUAAAUACCACUGCAACAAAGCCCUAAGACCUUGGAUCGAGCAUUGGUGCAACGAAAACCAAAAGCUUUCCACGCCGGAAGAUCUUGGCUACAUGCUACUGGCAACAUAUUUGUUCGAAUCAUCAAACCUCUCCAACGCAAUCAUUAGGGCCGCGAAGCAGCUGAAGCCAAACUCCGUCCCUGCUUGGAGAGAGCACGAAGUGCUGUCAGUUCUGCCAGAAACCCUCACAGGUAAUGUUUACGCUCAAACAGUCAAAGCGAUCUCUAAUCGUUAG